AUGGCAUCUCCAUCAAAUCCCGUAAACAUCGCCAUAAUAGGCAGUGGCUUUGCUGGCCUCGCUCUCCUAAUUGGUCUUCAGAAAUACCCACACAUCAACGCACAUGUCUAUGAGUCAGGAACCAAGUUUUCUGAACUUGGUGCUGGUGCCGUCCUUGGUCCCAACUCGCAGCGAGCAAUGAAAUUGAUUGACCCUCGCAUCCAUGAAGGAUUCGAGCGACGCGCUGCCUUUGAUCCGGAAGUUGCAGACGCAAAUGGCCUCUACCCAUGGGUAUCAGUGGCCAAGGGACAGGAGCCGGAUUUAGACGAGAAAGUCGUCGAGUACAAGCAUGAGAUCAAAGGCUCGACCAUCCACCGAGCCCAUUUCCUUGAUGAGCUGGUUAAGCUUGUCGAACCGCAUCGCGUUCACUUCGGGAAUCGUCUGAUCGAAAUACACGAAGAAGGCGACGAGGACCCAAUCACGCUUCAUUUCAAGGACGGCACUACCACCACGGCCGAUAUUGUCGUUGGCGCCGACGGAAUCCACUCGGUGACUCGCAAGCACAUACUUGGCGAGCACCCAGCAGCCAGCGCUUUCUUCACCGGUGCCAUUAUCCACCGUGCGACAGUGUCAAUGAAACAGGCAGAGGCCAAAUUAGGCGACGUGAAGUCGAAGUUUGGAAUCCGAUGUGGAAAGGACGGUCUUGUGUUUGGUUUCCCAAUGUCCGAGAGAAGCUUAUACUACCUUGGCAUCACGACCUUUAACAACGACCCGGUCCCGCAUGAUACGUGGGUUCUGCCAGUAGAUGUCGCAAGACUCAAGAAGACAUUCGCCAACUACGGUGACUAUGUCCGAAGGCAAGUGGAGCUAGUUCCAGACGAUGGCUCCGCGAUGGGAUGGUCAAUCUGGGAAAUGCCUCCAGCUCCAACGUACUACAAGGGUCGGGUGGUGCUGAUGGGUGAUGCGGCCCACGCGUCAACUCCAUUCCAAGGAGCAGGUGCUGGUCAGGCAAUUGAAGAUGCACUUUUCCUCGAGAAACUAUUGGGAAAGUACCUGGAUACCACCAAGGAGACUAUCUACAGAUUCAGUCCGGUCCAGACAAUUGUGUUGGCUUUACAGUCGUAUGACACUGUUCGUCGCUUCCGGAGCCAGAAGGUCGUUACUACCAGUGCUGAGACUGGUCGGAUCAUAAGCGGCAACGAGCCUGGGGUAUCAUUGGAAGCAUCGGAGCUUCGCGUGUUGCUGAAAGACCGAGAAGACUGGAUAUGGGAUUGUGACCAGCAGCAACAAGUCAAAGACGCCCUGCAUAUAUUUGAAGAAGCUCAAAUUGCUGCCGCACGUAAGGCGGCUUAUGGUGAUGCUUGA